AUGGAUACGGACGCAACAAAAUACCGUUCAAAGGUUGAAUUAACUGAAAGUGAUGAAAAUAUUAAUAAAAUUAGUGAAAAUACGAGAAAUGUAAAUAAAUCAAUCUCUCAAAAACGUGUUUUAACGCCGCAAGAAAUUGCCAAAACUUUUCGAAUAAUGGCUUAUCGAAAGUGUGAGAGGCAAGUUAGAGGAAGAUAUCGUAGAAGGUCUUUGACGAGAGCAUUCUGGUUUAUUAUGUUUAUGAUGUUAUUCCUAUCAUUAAUGGGUGCUGGAAUUGGGGGACAAUUGGAAAGUGUUAGUGCUUGGAAUCGAUGGCCUGAAUUUGGAACAUUAGUCGCACUUUUUCUAGUUAUGAUGUAUGUUUAUUACAAG